ACCUUCUUCCCUCACUCCCUCGCAGCCGCCUCCGCCGCCCACCACCGGCGGUGCGGGGAAAUCCACCGCCUCGCAGACGCUUUCUGCCCUACCGAAACCACUAGCCGCGAAAGGAAAACAAGGGACGGAGUGGAGGCGAGAACGCCGGCGUCCUCUCCGGAGCGCGGCGGCGAGGAAGGACGGGACGGCCGAGUUGGAGACGGAGAGCUCCACCACCGGCGGCACCUCUCCCUCCCGCGACCGGCUUCUGCUCACCCUACUCCGGCCCCGUCUCCUCCCGCAGCAGAUCCACGCGGCCGGGGCCGAGCCCGUCGUCUCCGGCGGGAGCCCGUCGGCGCCAGCAGCCUUCCCCGGUGUCCACACCAACAAUCCUACACAGAUUAAAUCAUGGAAAGGCCAAGAGGUAGGAGGAGCUUAAAGGAUGCUAAAUACUGGCGGUGUUCGAAAGGUUAUAAGAACCAACCCGAGCUUCAUGAAUUUUUUGACACCCCCCCUUUUGUGUGUGGUUGUGGGUGUAAACAGAAGCACAAAGGGGAUUUCGAUUUUUGUUUAGACCAUGUCACUGUCAAUGGCAGCGGAUUAUUGGGUGACUUUAUAGACCAAGCAGAUGAAGAAUUAUGUAUAGCAUGUACUUAUGGCAAGCAGCUGGAGGUGACAAAGAGGAUCAAGUACUUAAUGAAAGGAAGAAACCCCGAGUCACCCACACCUCGGGUUAUUCCUUCAGAUUUGGACGUAAAGUAUGAAAAGAUGAUUGGAGAUUACCCAAAGGGUGGGAUUGCUCAGUUAAUCCUAAUGGGGCUGAUAUUGAAAGAGCAAGGGAUACUGAAUGAGUCGUGCACUUGUAUUUAUAAGGCUUCGAAUGUGUCUGUGAUACCUGAAAAAGAUCCAGCACGAAUUGUUGCUGCACUGGCUGAUGGUUUCCCAUUAAAUGCUGGUGUUAUUCAUGGGAAAAAGCUAUCACAACUCAGGUACUGUCAAGCUUACAAAGCUCCUAGUCUUCGCCGAGUCAUUCAGAAAAGGGAUAUGGGUAGGCUUAAGGGGAUUCCUGGGCAUGCUGUGCUGUUGGUUGGGGCUGGUAGAAAAGAAGGCAAAUUAUAUUAUUAUUUCAUGAACUCUUGGGAUGAAUUUGCAGUUCGUAAAAAUAACCGUGGUGAGAUAGUUGGGCAAUCAAUUGGAAAAAUAAGUGCAAACAGGUUGUACCGAAACGUGAUACGGUUGUCACGCUUCAAGGAAGCCGAAACAGCUGAAAGUCUUUUGCCUCAGCCCCUGCCUGUUACUGCUGAUUGCCGUAAUGUAGUUCUGCUUGUUCCUUAGUUAAUUUGUAAUCGAGUAUUUAAAUGAGUACUUUUGGAUAUAUGUAAUGUUUGAAUAUAUAAUAUUUUGGCCACCACUUUUUUUUC